CAAGCACGCGCAUGCACAGUCCUCGUUCAAUAGCAACGGGUUGGCCGCUAUCUCGUCGGGUCCUGUAGCUGGUCCUGAAUCUUUGUCCUGCAAGGCGAAUCGGUUGGAUCGAGACAGUCGCUUUACUUCGAACUGUCGGCAGAAAAUUGCGUAAACUCGUUCACGAUGUCGAGCAGCAAGUCGGUGAAACAGCCGCGCAAGGCGUAUCCCAAGGAGCAGCACGAGAUGACGCACUCCGAGAAGCUGAGACUGAUCGACGACGAGUUGAACUCCUUUUACAAGUAUUGCCAGCAGGCUGGUUUCACUGAAGAAGAAAUGGACAUCAUCUGUCAGCCGCUUGUAGCGGCGAUGCGCCGCUCAUGGUUGCAGCUCGUCUUUCGUGGCACUUUUGUGCUAAUCGCGCUUGGCACUUUGGCUUGCCUCGCAGCGCAGCUCGAUUUCGUCGGCACCCACUUCACCGCCCUUAGCCGGCUGUUGUUGAUCAGAGUGCUACCGAUUUGGAACUGGCAGCCGCUCUACUAUGAGAACUGCAUGAUCAACAACCCCUUCUACAACGAUUACACUAUCACCGAGGAAGAUUGCAUGACUUGCGAGGCGCUGGAGACGAUCGAUCGUCUGUCAGACGUGCGGUAUCGCACUCUGGUCGAGAAUUAUCUGAGCCGCGAUGCACCGGCCAUCAUCACUGAUGCGAUGGAUUCCUGGGCGGUCAUGAACACCGACUACUUCUGGUUCGAUAAUAUCACCCACCUCUACUUGGAGAACGAGCGUUUGAUGGAGACGGUACCAUGCGCCCUGACCUCCAACCUGCGAACUGGCUCUUCCGACCUUGCGGCGUUCCUGCGACGCGUUCACGCGCCCGAGGUGGCCAAGUGGUUCGUCCACUGGCAAAACUGCGAGAUCAACGCCGUCAAAGUGCUCAGGAAGUACUAUCAGCGGCCGUACUUCCUCUCCAGCACGGUGUCACCGGCGCACUUCAACUGGGUGCUCAUGUCCUCGGAUUAUAACAGCCCGAGCUACAAGAAGGUCGAACUCGACUCCGGCCUGAUCGCGCUCGCGCAGCUUCGGGGUGCGACCCAGCUGCGACUCACCCCCAUCAAUCCUUGUAACAGUUCGUGUCCCGAGUUGGUCGCCGACUUGCAUCAAGGAGAGAUGCUCGUUUUCACGAACUUGAUGUGGACACUGGAGUACGCGCCGAUGCGCGGCCUGGACAACAUCGCCAUACUCACGGAAACCGUUUGGGAGGAAGACACAUAGAUCGCAUCGUCCCGAUGGAUCUUAUCGUCUUCCGGUUGGUGCGCCACCGGGAUUCUAUUAGUCUGCAAUACUCUCUGAUGCGACAGCUAUCCACUGAUAUUGUAUAUUCAUCCCUUCUACUAUGAUAUGCACGAAAUAAAGAUUGAGCAUUCUGUGGUUUUCGGCCUGA